AUGAUGCCGCCGCCAACAACUCGACCGUCACCAUCGAAAGCUAUAUCCUCACCAUCUAAAGCUAAAACCACACCACCAAAACUUAAACCCUCAAAACCAGAAGCCAAAGCCUCCACAUCGCAAGCCAAAGCCUCCACAUCGGAAGCUAAACCCUCCACUUCAGAGUAUGAACCCUCCACUUCAGAGUAUGAACCCUCCACUUCAGAGUAUGAACCCUCCACUUCAGAGUAUGAACCCUCCACUUCAGAGUCAUUGCACUUCCCCACACAAGGGCCGCCACACUUCACCACACACGAGUCAUCACACUUCCCCACACAAGAACCACCACACUUCCCCUCACAAGGGCCGCCACACUUCACCACACACGAGUCAUCACACUUCCCUAUACAAGCGCCAUCACAAUUCCCCCAACAAGGGCCAUCACACUUGCCCCCGCAAGACUCAUCACACUUGCCCCCACACGGCCAUCACAUUCACCCCCUCAAGGGCCAUCACAGUCACCCCCUCAAGAGCCAUCACUCUUGCCUCCACUCGACCGAUCACACUUGA